GACGGGCGGCGCGACUGCGGGGCGGGGAGGACGCAGGGGAGGGAGCUGUGCGGGAAGCCCCGCCCCCCGGCGCCCUGCCCCGCCCUGCAGUUCCCGUGCGGCUCCGGCGAGUGCGUGGCCGGCGCGUGGCGCUGCGACGGCGUCGCCGAUUGUCGCGACAGCUCCGACGAGGAGGGGUGCGCCCCGCCCCCGCCCUGCCCCCCCGGGCAGUUCCUCUGUCGCGACAGGCGCUGCAUCCCCGCGGCGCGAGCGUGCGACGGCACCCGCGACUGUCGCGACGGGGACGACGAGGAGGCGUGUCCGGAGGCCCCGUCGUGCCCCCCGCGCUGGUUCCGCUGUCGCUCGGGGGAAUGUAUCGCGACAGAGCGGCUCUGCGAUGGGCGGCGCCACUGUCGCGAUUGGUCCGACGAGCCGCUCAAGGAGUGCGGAGUGAACGAGUGCCUGCAGGGCCGCGGGGGCUGCUCCCACUCCUGCCGGGACCUCCCCCUGGGCUUCGAGUGCGGCUGCCCCCCCGGGCUGGGGCUGGGCCCCGACAACCGCACCUGCCUGGCCCCGCCCGGGACCCCGGAGCCGCUGGGCCGGAACUCGAGCACCGAGGGAAACGCCCCCGCAGGUGACCUCACCCGGCUGGGCGUGGCCGGAGGGGCGGGGCCAUUGAUGACGUCACUGGGGGUUCUGCUGCCCCUUGGGCUGUGUCUGGGCCUGGGCCUGGCCGGGCGGGCGCUGUGGCGAUGGUGGCGCCGGCGCAGCACCAACAGCAUCAGCUUCAGCAACGCCGCCUUCCGGAAGGUUCCGGAACACCUGGAGGGGGCGGGGCUUGGAGACACGCAGUGGCCGCUGACAAUGGAGGAGGAGGAGCCCUGAGGGGCUGGGGGAGGUGAGACCCCCCCGGAGACACCUGGGAACACCUGGGGAACAUCUGGGGAACAUCUGGAUGCACCUGGAGACACCUGGGACACACCCGAGGGAACAUCUGGAUGCAGCCGUGCACACCUGGAUGCACCUGGGGAUACCUGGGACACACCUGGGCGCACCUGGGGAACACCUGGGGACACCUGGGGGACACCUGGGGGACACCUGGGGGCUCCAAAGAACACCUGGAUGCACCUGGGGAACACCUGGACAAGGCUAUGCACAGCUGGACAUGAGUGCAGGCACAGCUGGGCACAGCUGGGCACACCUGGCCGUGGGGAUCCCACCUGUCCAUCCCCGCCCUCACCUGUCCAGGCGCCCCCCCCCCCCCCCGGUGCCAUUUUUAGGAUUUUUUUUUCAACCAAAAUUCUCGGGUUCGGGCCCAAUUUGAGGCCCCUAAAGGAGGGGGCGGGGCCAAUGUGGCCACGCCCCGUGAUGUCAAUAAAGGGUUAUUUAUUAACCAA